UCUACUUUAGUCAAUCCUCUUUGGGUAAAAGUGUCGCAGUGGUUUUGUGAAUAGCAAAAGUCCACAUUUUUCAUUAUUUAUCGUUAUUAAACCUAAUCCACAGCCAAAAUGAAACCCCUGAUGUUGCACGGGCACGAGCGUGCCAUAACAAAAAUCAAAUACAACAGAGAGGGUGACCUGAUCUUUUCGGCGAGUAAAGAUAAAAAUCCAAAUGUCUGGUGGUCCCUGAAUGGCGAGCGUCUAGGUACAUUUAAUGGCCACAACGGUUCAAUCUGGUGUAUUGACGUCAAUUGGGACACCUCGCGUUUCAUGUCUGGCUCCGGGGACAACACCCUGAGAAUUUGGGACUGUCAGACCGGCAAAGAAAUUGGUCAGCUGCCGACCAACAGUUCAGUGAGAACCUGUAACUUCAGUUAUUCUGCAAACACAGCUGUCUACUCCACUGAUAAGGCCCUUGGGCAUCAAUGCGAAAUGUUCAUCAUCGACACCAGGACAGUCGAUCCCAUCCUCUCCCAGGAAGACGCCAUCCGAAGGAUCCCAAUUAAUGGACCACGUAUCUCAGCCAUUCUCUGGGGUGCUCUCGAUGAAACUAUCAUUACUGGACACGAGGAUGGCGAAAUCAACAUCUGGGACGUUAGGACUGGGAAGAUAUUGACGAGCGCCAAAGGUCACAGAUCACAAAUAAAUGACAUGCAGUUCAAUAAAGAUGGAACAAUGUUCGUAACCGCCUCGAAAGAUCACACAGCUAAGCUGUUCGACAGUGAGCAGCUUGUUCACCUUAAAACGUAUAAAACCGAGCGCCCAGUUAACUCGGCUACGAUAUCUCCUAUUUUUGAUCACGUGGUACUUGGAGGAGGUCAAGAUGCCAUGGACGUCACCACGACGUCAGCUCGUCAGGGGAAAUUCGACGCUCGUUUCUUCCAUAUGGUUUUCGAAGAGGAAUUUGCUCGGCUUAAGGGCCAUUUUGGACCAAUCAAUUCCCUCGCGUUUCAUCCCAAUGGGAAAAGUUUCUCAAGUGGCGGUGAAGACGGUUAUGUGCGUAUCAAUACGUUCGAUCAAUCUUAUUUCGAUUUUCAUUUUGAAUAUUGAAAUGUUGAUCCUGUGUCGAAUUCACGAGUGAAUGGCUAAAUCGAUCUUUUCUUUCCAAUAAUGAUCUAUUCAUUUAUUCAUCUUGAAACGAUUGGAUUCACCAAAAAAUAUCUUUUCGUUGGAAAGAAUUCAACUGUCCAACACAAAUCGCAACAUUUUUGUCUAAAAUCCACUGGUUAUCGAGAUAAUUUGGCAGUGACUUUUGGAUAGUCUCCAUUCAUUGAUGGAUUUUAUAUCCUCCCACGAAUUCUCAAAACGGAAAAAAAUUGUGAACCGCAAUAAUUCUGUAAUCUACAUGCGAUCAUUUGUAUUAAUAAAAUUAUGUUAAAUACAA